AGACCGGAAGCUGUCAGUGGAAUACCGGAAAUUCCUUUUGUUGACCAUCGGAUAUUUGUAUUUCGCUCCUCCUGAGAACUUGUAAUUAUCUGUUUGCUGUUCUUACUUAAUUUAUUGAAGCUCGGCAAGUUAACGACCGUGACAUCGCCCUUGUUGGACUGAAGGGUGUCAUAUAGACACCUAAUAAUUCGCUUAAUAGUUGUCGGGCCCGAGGCUGGGCUAACUUUAGCCUAGCUAGCAAUCAGUGAAGUCUUGCUAGCUAGCGUUAGCUUGCGUUAGCUGCCGCUCUAGCUGGCUUGUAAGUCGACCGUUCGCUUACUUAACUUAUUAAUAAGAACGGUGUAAACAAAAACUCAAAAACAAUGGCAGUUGUCAACGAGGGUGCCCUGAAGAAAAUGCUGAAGCAAUAUAAAUACAGAGAUCUGACCGUGCGUGAGAUAACCAAUGUCAUCUCCCAGUACAAGGACUUGAAGCCGGUUAUGGAUGCUUACGUGUUUAAUGAUGGCUCCACAAGAGACCUGAUGAGCCUGACAGGAACUGUUCCAGUGAGCUACAGAGGCAAUGUCUACAACAUCCCAGUGUGUCUGUGGUUGCUGGACACAUAUCCCUACAACCCUCCCAUAUGUUUUGUCAAACCUACCAGCGCUAUGAUGAUCAAAACUGGCAAACACAUCGAUGCCAACGGCAAGAUCUACCUGCCUUAUCUACAUGAGUGGAAGCAUCCUCAGUCAGACCUGUACGGUCUGAUCCAGGUGAUGAUUGUGGUUUUUGGAGAGGAGCCUCCUGUGUUUUCUCGCCCCACCACACAAGCCCCCUACCAAGCGUUCCAAGCAGCUGGACCCCCUAACCAUCUGAUUCCUUCACAAUCUCUCUCCACCUCAGCUUCCUAUAUGCCUGGCAUGCCUGCGGUCUCACCCUAUGGCCCCAGUCCUAACCCAGGAGGCUAUCCAGGAUACCAGUACCCAGGGGGCAACUCUUACCCAGCCACUGCUGGACCUGCGCACUACCCUACCCAGCCUCCAGUUUCCACAGUGGGCCCAAGAAGUGAUGGCACCAUUGGUGAGGACACCAUUCGCGCAUCUCUAAUUUCAGCCGUGAGUGACAAGCUUCGCUGGAGAAUGAAGGAGGAGAUGGACAGAGCCCAGGCAGAGCUGGACGCCCUGAAGCGAACAGAGGAGGAUCUGAAGAAGGGACAUCAGAAACUGGAGGAGAUGGUCUCAAGAUUGGACCAGGAAGUGUCUGAAGUCGACAGGAAUAUCGAGCUGCUGAAGAGAAAGGACGAGGAGCUGAGCGAGGCCCUGGAGAAGAUGGAGAACCAGUCGGAGAACAAUGACAUCGACGACGUCAUUGUGCCCACAGCUCCACUGUACAAACAGAUCCUGAACCUGUAUGCUGAAGAGAACGCGAUUGAGGACACUAUCUUCUACCUGGGGGAGGCCCUUCGCAGGGGCGUCAUAGACCUGGAGGUUUUUCUUAAGCACGUACGGCUUCUGUCCAGGAAGCAGUUCCAGCUUCGUGCCCUCAUGCAGAAAGCCCGCAAGACUGCCGGCCUUAGUGACCUCUACUGACCCUCGCCGACGACCCGGAAACAUUCAUAUCUUCAUGCUUUCUUACUCUCUUCUCUUCCUCCACUCUUUUAUUCCCUUUUUGUCUUCUUGUAGCUGUCCUCUUUUGAAUCUCUCCAUCAAAUCUGUUGUGAGACAGAAAUCUGAACAACAGAACAUUCAUGAAGAACAGACUGUCCUGCGUGUCCACAUCUCGUAGGACAUCAUUUGUGUUUUGAUCUGAUUGAAUACUUCUUUGAGAUCAUGAUGCAUUAACAGUCGCGACCCAUUUGCAAGAUAUGGCAUUACUUUUGUGACCCACUGUGACGAGUCUCUGUGGCGUAGCUGGGUUGGUGCACAGUGAAUUAAAGAGGUGACCUGUAUGCGUUGCACCACAGGGGCAGCCUGCAGGUGCUGUUUGCGAUCCCUUUCGCCAGACAAAGUCAUUUGGCUAGUAAGCACAAAUUGUGAGGGGCUAGUAAAGAGGGGCUUUGUAGAGAGCUGCAAAUGUCCAGCCCUCUCAUAAUGAAAAGGUUACGCUCUGAUAUAAAUACCCAGGGCAACCUUUCAGGAGGGACAGCGGGUUCAGCCUCAGGAUUUAAUGCUCUCUGGGUCAUGUUCAGUAGCCGUGGGGUCAAAGGGAUCAUUUUUCAUACAGUAGAGGUGAUGAUGAACAUGGAUAUGAACUGUGAGUGUUUUAAUGGGUAAAGUUUGAGCUCCUCUGCCACUUGACUACACUAUUAUUUGUAUUUCCUGUGUCUCUUUAUAAGCGUGAGUGAGGUUCUUCGUGUCGGCUGCUCAGGUCUGCCCUUCAGUCUGACUGCAUUAACCAGUCAAUCGUACUCUGUACAGCGUCUUUAAAGUGGAUGACAGUCUUUGCAUACUUUAUUCUAAGGUAUUACAAAGGAAAUCCUGUAUUUGUUUCUUUACUGUUCUGUUUUCCUUGUGCUGUUCACUUAUUCUCAGUCCUGCUGAGAGGUUUAGGUUUUCAGUAAACGGGAGAAAAGUUGUGAAUAAAGUGUGUCGGAGGGUACAAAAAAAAAAAAGUACUAAUCAAGAAGUUAACUUAUGUAAAGUUUAAAAACAGGUCUCAUUUAAAUUAGCCUUUUACUAAAUGCACUUUGAAUUGUAUGAUAGAAUAUCUGCUGUUAUUUUUUUUUCUUGUUUCCAAUUCAA